GACGUCAUAACCAAUCUCGCCAUCUUUGUUCGAUUCGCCUCAGCGGUGUUUUAUUUUUCUACAGGACCACCGUCAACAACCUCCACAAAAAUGGAUGCCCCAACAGCUAAUCCUGAUCAGCCGCCAAGGGCCGCACCACCAAGUAAUAAGAGGUUACAGCAGACUCAAGCCCAGGUGGAUGAGGUUGUGGAUAUUAUGCGAGUGAACGUAGACAAGGUCUUAGAAAGAGAUCAGAAGCUAUCAGAAUUGGACGAUCGUGCAGAUGCACUUCAGCAGGGGGCCUCGCAGUUUGAGACGAACGCCGGCAAACUGAAGAGGAAAUAUUGGUGGAAGAACUGCAAGAUGAUGAUCAUUCUCGCCGUCAUUAUCGCAAUUAUCCUCAUCAUUAUAAUAGUUGUAAUUGUGGAAAAUACGAAAGGUAAAUAGAGGGAGCCAGGAUGACAAGAAGUAGUAUGAGAGGAGUUCACGAAACCCCGAUGCGAUGAGGUGGCGGAGAAGGAAUUUAAUAGUGCUUGCCAAUAGAUGUCAACUCUCUUCAAUUGUGUCUUUCUCUCCCUGUUCCCUAUUCCACCAAUUGGUCCAUCCUUCCUUUUUAUCUACGUAUCUUUCCAUCAGUGGAGAAUAUUUCCAGUAGUUUUUCAAAUUUGUCCACACUAUGAUUAAUCUACAUGUACAUUAUGUUAAAUUCAUAUACCUUCUUUCCCUCGGAAAGACGGAAAGUAAAUGAGUCCGUUGUCUGACGGUUUUGGAGCACAAUUUUUACAAACCAUAGUUCUCUGUCACCUUUGCUGGACCCCCUUUUUUAGUGCGUUUCUAUCUCUAAUUUACCUCCAAGAAAUUGUAAAAUGCACAGGCUAUGGUCUGUUACAUGUACAUGUAGUAGUCAAGUUUGACUCUAGACGUCUAGUGCCAGUCUGAGCCAUUUAUUGGGCAUGGUGUGAUUCUAGGCACAAGACCCGAAUGUGGGUCAGUAAAGCUCAAGACUUUGAGAACUUUGCAGAUGUUAAAAAAAACGCUGCAAGCAUUGCAAAUAGAAAUGAUUGCAGCAGUUAAGCUAGAAAGACACACACAUUUGGCCUUUCAAUGUUUUCAACAAUUUGCUGUCAGAGCAAUUUCAAGCACAAGUGGUGUCCCUCCGAGUAAAUUACACAUGCAAAAUCAUGCAAAUUUUGGAUUCCCUUUUACCAAUCAGAUUGCAGGAAUCCUAUGAAUAUUCAUGUUUCCUUAAAUUCUUCCCUCGUCCACCCCUUUAUUCCAACCCUGUGACCCUAUUUUUUUUAAUCCCCUUCUAAUUCUAUUGGCAUUAUUAAGGACUGUAUAUUUCUCUCUGUAUUGUGUAUGCAUGUAAAUGUUUGGCAUAUCCUCUUCGAUCUUGUUUGUUUUUUUAGCUGAUAAACAAAAAAGUUUUAAUUCUUUGACCGAGUUGUCCGUAUUCAGGUCUCUGAGUUUUUGUAGUGAAAAAAACAUUGUUAACCGAAUAGAAACGUCAAGAAUUAAGAUAUGCUGAUAUACUUAUAUAUCUUUUAAUGAUUUGUUAAUAGUCAUCAACAUGUAGAAAGAAUUGCAAGCACCGAAAUAAUAGUAACUGUUUUCCGCAAGUUUUUUUCCCAGUACAGAAAAUGUAAGUUUAUGUAAAAUCAAAACAUAUUUGGUGAUUGUGGCUCAUGAAGGCCAUUUUUAGUUGAUGUGAUAUUAGUCUGGUUCCCUUACCAGAGAAUCCUGACCUCUCAUAAGAGAUCGUAGGUCAGAUAAUAUUCAAAAAUAGAACAUGACGAAGCAAAGCCCAGCCGUUGUCCGAGUGAAUACUCAAGGCACAAUGGAUGUACAUGUACAAUACAGAUACUUGGCAACUUACCUGCAUUGAAAUUCUUAACUGUAAUCUUGAAUUCAGCAUGACAAGUAUUUUGUUGGUUAAUAAUACAUGUAAUUAUGUAACACCUGAACACAUCCCGGUCAUCUGAUUGGUGGGUUGUUGAUCACGUGUCAUUGAUUAAUUUGUCCAAUCACACGGUGCUGCCGCACCUUAAGAAUAGAAGUUCCAUUUCACGGUAAAUGGAAGUUCCAUUGCAUGGUCACACUUUUGGCGGCUAUGCCCAUCAGAUGACGAGGAUUUUUUCAGGUGUUGUAUUAAAACAAAAACCAAUGGGGAUAUCCAAACAAUGUUCCAUUCCACUUGGCUUUGCCUCAUGGAAUGGAACAUUCCAUCUGUCACCUAUUACAAUUAUUCUUACCAUUGCACUCGCAAACAUUCACUAUUUGUAUAAUAUGUGACAUAUUAAUAAUGAAUAAUAUUUGACACCAACAAACACCUAUACGAAAAUUUUCAGGAUUUUUUCGGAAACGGCAGGAACCAACCCAGGGCGCCUACCUGACCUAAGAUUUGCCAGAUCAAGCAGAUUUUUUUUGUCCAGAAACCAGCUUAAUGUUGAAUGAUAUCUUCUAUGUAGUGAAACAAUAAGAUCUUAAUUUGUAUAAAAGAAUGCAGUAUACAACCGCGGGAUAAAAAGUUGUAAUGGUCUUUGUAAUGUUUUGCCAAAAAUGCUGGUCCAAUUUUUCCCACAAGUUUUUUAGGGAAAAGUAAUUCUUAAGCCAAGAAAAUGUUCCAGUAUAAAAAAAAAUGAAAACUAUGAUUAUGAUUUUCCAAUAAAACUCAUUAAAAAGAGUUAAAAACUCAUCCAGUUUUCCAGACUAAUGAAUAAUAUUUUUUUGUACAAUUUCUGUUAACUUCUGUUUUUUGUUUUAGUUGUUUUUUUUUAGUCCUGUAGUCUGCAUUUUGACUUGAGCUCCGUUCAAUUAUACUAGUAACUUCUGACGUAAUUACAAAAAAGUACAUGUAUAUUUAAAUUAUGAUGUAGGUAUUUAAAAAUUUAUUGUUAAAUAUUAAAGUGAAACGUGUAUUGGUGUAUUAAAUAUUGUAAAGAGAAAAAAAAGCUAUUAGUGUCAAACAAUUAUGAUAAAAGUGUUUUAACCCUUGUGAGUUGGUACGUGGGAGAUCUGUUUUUAACCAAAAAAAGUCUUUUCGCUUUUCAAAACAUGAUACGAAAACGACAUAAUCCACAUUGAUUUUUUUUCUCAAAAUGAUGUUCUGUAGGUGUUGGGUGAAAUUUAUUCACUUGAAACAAAUAAGGUGUUCACAUGACUACAGUGCCAUUGGUUUUCAUAUGUGAUUCUCCUAAUUCGAAAUCUGCCAGCUUUGACAUCAAAACUGGAUAAAUGUACUUUGACGGUGUAUGUAACAAACUUUAUUUUUUGGGGGGUGGGGGUCCCCUGGUUUUUUUUUUUGGUUUUUCAUUUCAUUUUUUUUAUGGUCAAUCUUUGCACACACAACAAAAUGCAAAGUGUUAUUUUCAUUACAUAAACACCAAAAGUCGACAGAAAUUUAAAUUUGGAAGACAAAAAAAAAAGAAUUUUUUGUUGACACCUUGUGGAAGAAAUCAUUGUGGAUAAUGUAGUGUAAAAUAAUAAUAGCAAAGUAACAAACAAAGAACAACAAAUACUCGGACCUUAAGAAGUCUACCUGUGUAUGUUGUGAAACCGUAAUCGUUUCAUCCAACUUACAAGUGUUGAACCACGUGGUACUUCAGAAUUAGUACAUGAUAGAGAUUGAGUAAAUUUUAGAGUGAGAAAAAAGGGGGAAAUAUUUGCGAGUACAUGUAGUUAUCUUUAAAUACUAAGAUAUACGCGUCUGUAUUUACAUUCAACGGCUUUCCUUUAUUCAUUCCAGAGAUGUGUAGCUUGUACAUAAAGACAAUACUACUAAUUGUGAACGUGGCCGUGUGUUGUUAACUGUAUUGGUUUUUUCCUUAUUGUUUAAAGAAAAAAAAUGCAGUCGCAUCAUUUCUCUUGGUGGUUCUGUAGACCAAUUGGGGCACUCUAUCACAGAAGGCCCCCUUCAAUGGCGCGGAAGCGUUGUGGUAGCUAUUGCUCAGAUAAUCCGACAUGGGCUAUUGCUUUGUACAAUAGGUUUUCUCCAUCGAGGGGGGCCUCUUUAGUGUACUGACUGUGAUCAUGUGCCAGGAUUGAUCUAUAGGUCUUAAAAUUCUUUACAAAUAUAACUGAAACUAUGAGCAUUCUAAACAACUAUAAAUAGUUAACUGUCAUUUACCUACUUGAUCUUUGUGAUGUAAGCAGUUGGCGGACAAUUUCAUGCUGGUGCUAUGCAAGUUGCUAAGCGUACAAAAUCUUGAUAAGCAGAAUGUGGUUACCAGUGGAAAUGGGGCAUAAUGUCUAUUACCUUCGACUGGUUCUCCGCUGAUAUUUUUGCAAGUUAAAAUCAUCUGAGAUUUGUUUGUCUGUAUAGAGUACCGAAGUGUGCCCAUAUUCUGGUUGACGCGCAUAUUUUAAAGUGCGUGAAGACAUCAGCACGCAAACUAGCACGUGAACCAAAACAAAGCUGACGUCAGACUUCGGCACUCUAUAGCACGUCUAUGAAAUCGGUUGCUGCUUAGUUGCAAAAAGUAUUCUGCAUGAUUUUCUUUUCUUUUUUUGAAAGGGAUAGCAAUUUUCUGCCUACUUUUUCUUAGAUCUUUUUUUAACCCACUAUAUCUGCAAAGGAAUUUUAUUAGCAAAAGGUAAUGUUAAGUAAAAUAUUGUUUACUAAGUUUUUGUUUUUAACACUUAACUUUUGUCACCACCUCUGAUGUAAUUACAAAAAUAUUUUCCACUUUCACUUUGUCGGAAAAUAUUGGGUCGUGCAAUAUUCCACCGCAAAAUUUCUUCAGUUUUUUUUUUGCCAGAAUUUCAGCAAUAUCUGAUAUAUUCUCUGCCCAAAAAAAAUCUGGAUAAAGAUCUUCAUUUUACAACAGCAGAAAAAGUUCAUUUGUCCAAAACUUUUAUAGCUGAGAUGUUUUGAUAGAAAUGUUCAAAAAUGAUGCACAUUGUUUUUGCAUUUUUUUUCUUGGGUUUUUUUUUUUUUUUUUUUGGUAAAAUUUUCUGUUUUUGGCCGGGGAUGAUGAAAAAAAUAUAUACAUGUAUAUUUACCCAAAAGUUUCAGGGUUUGGCCUUUUCCAUGCAGCAUCCAUGUUUGUCUGGUUCCUGAGCUCACACACUGAAAACCAUAUGUGAAUUGAAGCUGUCUUUAUGCUACAUUGUAAUUACCGGUCUUGUUUUAUAAAACAAAGUUGGCCGCCAGUAUGUUGACGUCUGCCCCUCCAAAACAUUAAUGUUCAAGACUAGCUAGCCUCCAAGAGAAAUGUUCCAUUUGAUGCAAUUCGAUGUCAAUAAAAUAAAUAUCUGUAUAACAUGGAA